GCCGCCGCCGCCGCCCGGGGCCGCUGUGGUGCCCGCCUUCACUUAGCGCCCAAGAUGGCAGCGGUGGCGCUGCUUCGGGGCGCGGCUGUGGGGCGCAGAAGCCCAGCUUGGCACUGGCGGCUGAGCGGGACCGCGAGUCACUGCCUAGCCCGUGGCUUUGGCCUUCUUGGCAGCAACCCCGCGGACGGUGUGGCCUGGACUUGCUUCCGGCUGGACGGGCGCGCCUUAGUGCGCGUGCGCGGCCCGGACGCUGCACCCUUCCUGUUGGGACUAUCGACCAAUGAGCUGCCGCUUUCGGGGCCUCCGACCGGCGCGGCUCAGCCCUCUGCGCGUGCGGCGUAUGCCCAUUUCCUGAAUGUGCAGGGACGCACGCUCUAUGACGUCAUUCUGUAUGGACUCCCAGAGUGUACGGAGGGGGCACCAAGCUUUCUCCUGGAGUGUGACAGCUCCGUGCUGGGCGCCCUACAGAAGCACCUCUCCAUGUACAAGAUCCGGCGGAAGGUCACCGUGGAGCCAAGUCCGGAGCUCCACGUGUGGGCUGUGCUACCCUGUGUCCCCCAAACCUCUGAGACUGCACCUCUAGAAGAGAGGGUAGAAGGCACCACCAUGCUUAUCCGUGACCCCCGGACUGCACGUAUGGGGUGGCGGCUUCUCACCCAGGAUGAUGGCCCAGCCCUGGUGCCCAGGGGACAGCUUGGGGAUCUCCAAGAUUAUCACAAGUACCGGUACCAGCAAGGCAUCCCCGAGGGAGUCUGUGAUCUUCCCCCAGGGAUGGCCCUCCCCCUGGAGUCCAACCUGGUCUUCAUGAAUGGCGUGAGCUUCACGAAGGGCUGCUACAUUGGGCAGGAGCUGACGGCCCGGACCCACCAUACAGGUGUCAUCCGCAAGCGCCUCUUCCCAGUGAAGCUUGAAGGCCCCCUGCCUGCAAGUGGCGUCAGCCCUGGCGCCAUAGUGACGGUGACUGCCACAGGCCAGGCAGCGGGCAAGUUCAGGGCUGGCCAGGGACACGUGGGACUGGCUUUGCUGCGGUCAGAGACAAUCAAGGGUCCUCUCCACAUCAAGACCUCCGAGAGCCAGUUGGUGGCUGUGACUGCCGUGGUGCCGGACUGGUGGCCCACAGCUGCCAAGUAGCUUGGAUGCUCUGGAGCCCCACUGGCCUUAGAGUUUCCAGAUGCCUUUGAGCCUCUGCCCAAGGUUGUCUACUCUCUGUGCUGCGCCUGUUGGGUAUGAGUUCCUCCUCCCGUGGUGCCUUCUGGAGCACAUCCUCUAGGAAAGUUCCAUGGGUUCCAGGCUACAGAUCGGCUCAUGCUUCCUACAGAGAGCCUACUCUUAUGGGCUGUCUUCUCUCGAGAAGUCUGACUGAGAGCAGAGUGACCACCUGAGGCUGGGAGAGAGAAGGGUCUGAGCUCCCAUUUGGACCAGCUUCUGAACAAGAUUUGAGACAGUCCAUAUGCCAGGUCUACAGGCCUAUGUUGACAUAGGCCUGUGUCAGACGCCAGGUCCCUGACCUUGUUUCCCCUUGGAGGAAGGGACUCUGUGUGCCUGCAGAGUUGCUGGGCCUGGCUUCGUGUUCUCUUGAAACUCAUCUCAGGGCAGAGAUUGUAUAGGUUGUGUGCAGGGUCGGGAGGUUGGAUCCCCUGGGUUGAGAGAUGUGUUCUGUGAGCCACAGGGACUACAUGCCUACUGUCCCAAGAGCUCUUUUCACGCCUCAAAGUGAGCUGCUGUCUUUUCAUGUUCCCCUGGAAGCUCUAGGAGGGGUGGAGCCCAGGGCUCAGGUCCAUCUGGGGGGGAGGGGAGGGCUUCUGCUCGGCUAACGUUUUUGCUGGCUUGGGCUUUUAGAAGGGAGUUACUUGCUGGCCACUGGUGGGGUGCAUACCUCCCUCUGAACCACUUUUUCUAACCUUUGUAAUGUGAACUGAGGGUCUCGCCACAAAGCCCAAGGACUAGUAAAGUGUGGUCUGAGAACAGCCCUUUCAGACCUCUUGUUUCAUUUGGGUCAGGUUUGGUAGGACAGACCGUGGGACAGCUGUCCCCAGAGACCACCCACCAGAUGGAAGCAGCCCACUGUUAUAGCCCUGGUUGGUCUUGAACUUGAAAUUCUCCUGCCUCAGCUUUGUGAGUGUUAGAUUGAUAGGCAAGCCCCAGUGGGCUCACACGAUACACCUAUGUCUCUCUCAAGAGAUGUAUUUUGUUUUUAUGUCUUUAUGUGUGUGUUUAUGGAUGAAUGUCUGGGUGCCUAGAGAGGACAAAAGGAGGGUAUCACAUACCCUGGAGUUGGAGUUACAGGUGACUCUGAGUUGCUGAACAUGCGUGUGAUGGGAACUGAACUUGUAUCCCCUGCAAGAGCAGCAGUAUUCUUUGUUGUUUGUUUGUUUGUUUCUUUGUUUAUUUGAGGCAGGAUUUUUCUGUGUAGCCCUGGCUAUCCUGGAACUCACUCUGUAGAACAGGCUGGCCUCGAACUCACAUAGGUCUGCCUGCCUCUGCCUUCCAAGCACUGAGGUUAAAGGCAAGUGUCACCACUAUGCCUGGCUAGAUCCAAUAGGUUUAUUUCAGCAGAGUUCUACUGAACUGGUCCAUACUAGGUUGGCAGGAAGUGGGGAGGCCGCUGUGAGCCUAGGCAAGGCAAUGGGUGCUCAGGGUUCUGGGGUGGGGGGAUGGGGACAUCUCUGAAACUGUUUUCUACAGUGCCCCCAAGGUAAAUCCACAGAGGCCUGGGGUGUGGGCAGCCUGGCAGUCACUCUGGUGCCAGGGGCAGUGAGGACUUCUAAGAACUGUGACUUUGGAGGCUGCUUAGGCUAGGGCUCAAGGUGCUCUCUGAAUUGAGGUGCAGUUUGCCGCAGCUUAGAAGGAGGCACGGGGGGUUGGGAGUGCCCUCCUUCUUCAGCAAGAAGAAGGCACCUUGAGUGACCUCCUCUCUAUGGUACUGAGUGGGUAGACAGUGCUGGGGACAGGGACCUGGCAGAGACAACCUGAAGGAUGGAUUACCCUGGCUGGCGAUUUCAGGGGGUUCAUGGCAGUGGGAGUGUGGCUGAGCCCCUCACAUGGUAAGGCACCAGGAAGCAGAGAAAGGGCAUCUAAAGGCAGGUACAUCCUUCAAGCAGAAGGACAGACUUCACAUUCCACAGGUUCCACUGCCUUCCAAGCAGCACCAGCUGCUGGGGACCACAGUGAGGUCAAAGGUGAGUUCAUGGAGGACGGUUCACAACCAAAGCACAAUACUUGAAGCACACACAUAGGCUGUGCAGGUCCUAGCAUGGCGGACAGACCCAGCUGUCCUGCUUGGAUGGUUGCCUGGCCUGGCCUAUGACAGCCUUGUCUCCGUGGCUGUUUUGCCUCUGCCUGCCUGCCCACUCAGGAGCAAUACUGCGGUUGCGUUGGAUGUUGGGGUUCCAGCUGUGCUCUGGAAGGCUGUGACUGAUGGGCUCCUGCCAACCCCACCUGGCAGCCUUUUAGAUUGACAGAGGAACCUCUAAGGGUUCCAGGCAGCUUACUUUAGGGUUGCAGUCAUGUGACUGGCUUUUGCCCUCUCAAACCUGAUGGGGGCGUGCCCACACAGAGGUUGGUGCUUCUGGGCCUGCUUCACAUACAUUCUAGCCUUCAGAAGGAAGGCAGAAAGGUCCAAGGCAGGCCCGUUGGGUAAGGAAAGGACAAGUCCGAAAAGAGGCAGGAUGCUGCUUUGGGCAGAAGACCCGCUUUGUGAGUCACCCAUUGCCUGCUGUUGGGCUCUUCCAGUGUUGGGGGCUUGAACAGAUCCACAGUUGCCAUGAUGUGUCUCCACAGUUUAGAAAGGCAGCACCGCACAUUAAAAUCGCCAGUGAGUGGAGCCAGUGGGCACUGGGCUGAUCUUCAGGGACCUCAGGGCCAUUCUUAGUGAUGCAGGCAUGUGUUGGUAUUCACAUUCUCACAGGGAUCUGUAUAGACCCCAGUGUGGACACUUGAAAACCCCUAACUGUUUUUCAGUGUGUUUUGUAAACAGUACAAAGCUUUGAAAAAUAAACCAAUCAAGGGGGGAAAGGGUGUAGAUCUU